UGAACUUGUUGAUCUUACAGAGGAAUUGUAGUGGAAAGAAAAAACAAAUUUGGGGUCAGUUAGCCCAGUGCGGUUAAAGUGCUGAGUCUUAAGUGGAUUGGAAACCGUGGGUCUAUGAAUGAUGAUCCGAGCAAAGGAAAAGGCAAAAACCAAUUUGGGUUUUGAAAGCCCAGUCCGGUUGAAAUAUAAGAAGCUUAAUUUAGCACUGGCAAUGGCAAUUGAGGCGCCGCGGCGGGACGGAACAUCUUUCUGAGGGGAGAAGAAACCGUAUUAGGAGUUCUGUCUGUUGCUCUCAACCAGAGUCUCUCGUGAAAUCUUCAUUGGUUUGCGUUGUUGCGCAAAGUCCUACAGUUUGCAGUUCUAUUACGGAAUCCCAAACUUAAGGAUAAUAUUCUUCUUCUGUAACUUCAAUGUCUCUGCGGAAGCCCCCACUCCCUAGAAUCCUUCUCAAUGAUGUCUCUUGCAUGAGAAAUGCCCAACAAAUCUUGCGACAUGUGAAUGUUUCUGUUCAUGAUGGUGGAGCACUUGUGUUGACAGGCAGCAAUGGCUCCGGCAAGACCACUUUCCUACGUAUGUUAGCAGGAUUCUCUCGACCUUCAGCUGGUCAGAUCCUUUGGAACGGUCAUGACAUUACUCAAUCGGGCAUAUUCCACCAGUACAAGCUUCAACUAAAUUGGCUUUCCCUCAAGGAUGCUGUAAAAGAAAAGUUUACCGUCCUUGACAACGUUCAGUGGUUUGAGAUUCUUGAAGGUAAGCAUGGUAAGUCAUUGCCUGCUCUGGAGUUGAUGGGCCUUGGACGAUUAGCAAAAGAGAAGGCAAGAAUGCUUUCAAUGGGCCAGCGAAAGAGGCUCCAGCUGGCAAGGUUGCUUGCCAUUGAUCGGCCGAUUUGGCUGCUAGACGAGCCUUCAGUUGCAUUAGAUGAUGAAGGGGUGAGGUUGCUGGAAUACAUUAUUGCAGAGCAUAGAAAGAAGGGUGGGAUUGUAAUUGUUGCGACACAUCUCCCAAUUCAUAUUGAAGAUGCCAUGAAUUUAAGGUUGCCACCAAGGUUCCCUAGAAGGAUGACUUUGGUAGAUAUGCUUGAUCGUUCAGACAUUGCAUAAACCAGACCAAGUAACAUUCCGAUUGCCUGACAAGUUUGGCCAAUUUUUUCCCAUAUUUGGUGAUUCUUCAUGUCUUGGAGAAAACUUUUCCUUGUGCUAAAGCCAUUACCACAGUGAUACUGCUCGACACAGAAUCUGGAAUGAUCUAGUUAGGAAGCCAUCCAUUCAGUACAAUCUUGCAAGAAAUAUAGGUCUACACAGAGACCGAGACACAACACAGGUGCGCUUGGGCGCAUUGAGCUUUCUGAUUUAGUCUUUUGUUUGAACUAUGGGUCUCAAUGCUUCUUGAGGAGACGAGACCCUCAUUGAGACAGCUUUAACGGGGCCUUCUAUGUGGUGGGUCGAUGAUCUCUGAACUCGUAAUCUAUUUCAUAGCCUGAAAUCAGCUUCUGGCCUGCUUGCCGAUUGAACUCUGAUUGUUUUCAGGCUAUGUUUCUCCUCUGCAAUCUGCUGUUUCCAUUCAUCCUUUUCAGCAAUAGAAUAACAUUUUGUGAUUGAUGGCUCA